UCGAUAAUUUUCGCAAAAAAUUUCGACAUAUUUUUAUUUAUUAUUAUGAGAAUAAAUCCUACUACUUCUGGUCCUGGAAUUUCCACGCUUGAAAAAAAAAACCUGGGGCGUAUCGCUCAAAUCAUUGGUCCGGUACUAGAUGUAGCUUUUCCUCCGGGCAAGAUGCCUAAUAUUUAUAACGCUUUGGUAGUUAAAGGUCGAGAUACUGCCGGUCAACCAAUUAAUGUGACUUGUGAGGUACAACAAUUAUUAGGGAACAAUCGAGUUAGAGCUGUAGCUAUGAGUGCUACGGAUGGUCUAACGAGAGGAAUGGAAGUGGUUGAUACGGGAGCUCCUCUAAGUGUUCCGGUUGGUGGGGCGACUCUCGGACGAAUUUUCAAUGUGCUUGGAGAGCCCGUUGAUAAUUUAGGUCCUGUAGAUACUCGCAUAACAUCUCCUAUUCAUAGAUCUGCGCCCGCCUUUAUACAGUUAGAUACAAAAUUAUCUAUUUUUGAAACAGGAAUUAAAGUAGUAGAUCUUUUAGCCCCUUAUCGACGUGGAGGAAAAAUGGGACUGUUCGGAGGAGCUGGAGUGGGUAAAACAGUACUCAUUAUGGAAUUGAUUAACAAUAUUGCCAAAGCUCAUGGGGGUGUAUCCGUAUUUGGCGGAGUAGGUGAACGUACUCGCGAAGGAAAUGAUCUUUACAUGGAAAUGAAAGAAUCCGGAGUGAUUAAUGAACAAAAUAUUGCGGAAUCAAAAGUUGCUCUAGUUUACGGUCAGAUGAAUGAACCGCCGGGAGCUCGUAUGAGAGUUGGUUUGACUGCCCUAACUAUGGCGGAAUAUUUCCGAGAUGUUCAUUAACAAUCAGUUCUUUCUC